AUGUUCAGAACCAAAAAAUUAGCUGAGCAUAUACGAAAGUUUGAUGCAUAUCCUAAAACAUUAGAAGAUUUUCGAAUUAAAACAUUUUCCGGCGCGGCUGUUACCAUAGUGAGUGCGAUCCUCAUCACAUUACUAUUCAUUUCUGAGCUCAACUAUUAUCUUACACCUGAAGUGACAGAAGAGCUCUUUGUAGAUGUCUCUCGCAGUGAGAAAUUGAGAAUCAAUCUGGAUGUCACAUUUCCUAGAGUAACUUGUGAAUUCCUUUCCAUUGAUGCAAUGGAUAUAUCUGGUGAGCAGCAAAUUAACUUAGAUCACAGUAUAUAUAAAAGAAGGUUGGAUGAAAAUGGAAAACCUUUAGAGAAACCAGAAAAAGAAAAAAUAGGAUCCUCUGCUGUUCUGAACAUGACUGUUCCUCCUACGUUGGAUCCAAACAGAUGUGAAAGUUGCUAUGGAGCUGAACUCCCACCAAGAAACUGUUGCAAUACCUGUGAAGAAGUUCAAAAUGCAUAUCGUUUAAGAGGAUGGGCUGCUCCUGAUGCAGAUAGUAUUGAACAGUGCAAAAGAGAAGGUUGGAAGAAGAAAUUGCAGUCGGUGGAUAAAGAAGGAUGUCAAGUUUUUGGAUAUCUUGAUGUUAAUAGGGUUGCUGGAAACUUCCACAUAGCCCCUGGGAAAACGUACAGUCAGCAUCAUGUUCAUGUUCAUGAUCUGCAACCCUUUUCUGCUAGUCAAUUUAACUUAACGCACAGAAUAAGGCAUUUAUCCUUUGGGAAAAAUAUACCUGGAAAAACGAAUCCACUUGAUGGCACAAUGCAAGUUGCAGAUAAAGGUGCUAUGAUGUUUCAGUAUUAUGUGAAAAUUGUCCCAACAAUGUAUGCACGAGCUGAUGGUCAGCGGCAGCUAGAUCAGAUUCAUGAUGCCAUGAACCCUAGCGAAGUCAAGCACCAGUAG